GUUUUUCAAGGACGAUUAACAGGAAACUGCUCCAUCACAUAUGCUGAAACUCUCGAGAGUUAAAUCAGUUUGAAACUUAUGCUCGUCGAGAGGCAAGCGUUCAAAAUGAUCAAGUUAGGCGUGUGUUUCAUCGUGCUCAAUGUAAUCGGGUCAAGCCUGGCUGCCCCGGCCAAUGAUGUAUCAAAUCUUAAGAUUGCCCAGAAACCAGAGGGCAAGCCCGCAGACCUUGGCGCUUCCAAUAACAAACUGCAGAACUUGAGGGGAUCGAUUGGCACUGACCAAAUGGUCCUGGCUGCUCCUGUCAUUCAGUCGGACGAGAAAAAUAAGGAGCAAAAAGUACAGUCUCUUAUUGCCGUUGCCGAUGCAGCAGUUGCAGAAUUACCCCAGCAGAAGAAACCCAUAGACGAUAGCGCUUUCAAGAACAACCUGCAGAACUUGAAGGGAUCGAUUAGAUCUGACCAAGAUAUGGUCAUGUCUGCUGCUGUCCUUCCAGAUGACAAGAAAGAAAAUAAGCCAAAAAUGCAGCCUAUCAGCGCCAUUAGCGAUACAGUAAACGCAGAACCACCCCAGCCGAAGAUGAAAAUACAUCAAAUCCAAGACAGUGUUGGUGAAACAGGAGAUUCGCAACAAAACAAGUUGGUGCCUUUGAAUAAAGCUGUUCAAAUUGAUGUAAUGAACGCUCCAACGAUGCUGCAAGGAAAACCACAGGCAAUCAGCGGAGAAAACGUGCAAAACUCUGGCGAGAAAAAGACUAUCAAUUUGAAAGGAGUGAUGCCAGUCAAGGCAGAAAUUCCGUCCAAACUCUCUGUAAAGUCACCCGCCGGGAACGCCAAAUCUGACCCAAAGAACACGGACGCUCAACCGCAGGCAAUCAGCUUGAAAAAUGGGCAAAAUUCAGAUGGGAAAAAGGCUGUCGAUACUAAAGCGAAGAUUCCUGACGCUAAAGUUCCAUCAAAACCUACUGGCUCGGCCUCUGAAGUCAAGGCUCCCGUUAAAGGAAAAGCGGUAGCGCAGGUAAAAUCUAAACAGAAUAAGGUGCCUGCUGUUCCUGCUGAGAAGAAACCUGCUGUUAAAUCAGACAAGCCCAAGCAAACUCCGGCAGAAAGUGGAAAGCCGGUAGCUAAAGUUGAGAACCCACCGAACAAAACUUCCAAAAUUAAAGCUAAAGCGGCUAAGAAACCAUAGCUUAAGUCUAAUAGCGAGCCCAAGCUUGUAAACUGGAUAGAUGCAUGAAAAUGGGAGUUGAAAAUCGUUUUUGGACUUUUUAAUUGUUACUUUAUUUUUCACACACAGUCAAGUUAUAUCUUGGGAAUCAUAAAUUAUCUUGUAAACAAAUUAAUUUUAUAUUUGCAAAUUAUUUCGAUCAAAAAAUCUCUACUUUGUUUGCAUUAUCACGUGUGUAAAUAACUUUUGUAAUUCGUAAGCCACAAUGUAUCUGAAAAAUUCAAGAAUAAAAAUAAAAAUUGAUGAACACCA